UGUUACAGCGGGACAGCGUCACCAAAGAACCGUACAAAUGUGGCGGCACGAUCAUCAACCUUGACACCGUUCUUACCGGUAUGACUUCGUUUCAGAAAUACUUUCUUCGUCGCUUAAGCCUUUUUCGUUCCUUUCACAGCAAAUCACUGUUUGGCAGAUCAUCAACGUAUGCCGAUAGCAAAGGAACUACUCAUUGUACGAGCUGGAAUGUUUGAUCUCAACGAUGGUGGCAAUGUGGUGCAGGAAAAGGGAGUGAUUGAGAUUUUCGUGCCACCGGGAGCAAGUAUGCGUAACUUCAGACACGACAUUGCAGUGCUGAAGAUGCAUACAAAGUUCACAUUCAAUGACUACGUACAGCCCAUCUGCAUACGACCGGUACCGUACGACAUUAGCAAGCUGGUGGGUGUGUUCGGGACGGUGGUUGGAUGGGGCAGAACAGAAACUAGCGAUAUCUCAGCCAAAUUACGGCAGGCCAAGGUACCAGUCGUAAGUGCGUACGAUUGUUUGGAUAGCGAUCCGUACAGUUUCAGGCUGGUGGCGACGGGGAAGGUGUACUGUGCCGGGAGUCGGAACGGUACAUCCAGCUGCAACGGUGACAGUGGUGGCGGAAUGUACUUCCGUACGGGUAGUCAUUGGUACCUGCGCGGGAUAACAUCGUUUGCCUUGGAGGACGAGAACUUACUCGGAAAGUGUGACACGUACGGUUACGUUGGGUAUACCGAUGUGGCGAUGUAUCUCGACUGGUUGCGCGAUCGGGGUGUACAGCUUCUGCAUUCUAAGCAGGAUGCAUCGAGCAAGAAAUCAGUUCCGAGAGAUCGUAGUAAAGCACAUCUGCGACUAGCGGUAGAUACUGGAACGAAGGAGUUCUUGCAGCAGCAUAAGGGUAAACUGUUUCUGAGGGUGGGGCUGAAAGGCAGGAAACCGGAGAGCUUGUUUCAGUAAAUACGGGUAGGAACGAGACAGCUGG